AUGCUUGAAGAAUCAAAUAUUAAUCAAAAUAUUGUUUAUAAUUGUGAUAUUCUUGAAGAUGUAAAACUUAUUGGACGAGAGUCAUACGAAGAUGUUUCUUAUGAAAUAUCCUCGAAAUUCAGAGAUCCUAUAACAUCAAAAUCUAUAAGAAUUAAUUCCUUUAAAACGAGGCUGCUGGUCGACGAGCUCAAACAAUUUAAUAGCGUUCGGCCUCAUAUGUAUAUAUUAGAAUUUUACGGUAUUACUAAAAGUG